AUGCAGGUAAGUGCUGUAGGAGGGGCAUGUCAUGAAUUUUGCCUCAGCUAUGCAGGUUUAGGUUGCAGCUUCUGUCCUUAGAGCUCACUUGCUACCGGGGAUCUUGUAACAUGUUUGAGGGCGAUGGGCCAUGGGACUCUUGAUAAUAUGAACUGGGCUGGACUGCUACAGAAUCUGCUGCUUGUGCUUCAUCUCUGGCAGAUCACAUGUGACUCUUCUGUCUGGUUUUCCGUCCCAGAGGAACGGGAGCCUGGUAUUCUGGCCGGGUCGCUUAGUAAACACUUUCCACCUCCGUACCAGCUCCUGACCCAGGAGUAUCUUUGGAUGGACAAAAACACAGGGAAUUUCUACACCACUGAGCAAAAGAUGGAUCGUGAGGCCCUGUGCCCCGAGGAGACGAAGACUGAGGAAUGCAUUAUUUUACACAAUGCUAUUGUAGGGCCCUCAGGAGACCUUAUUCAGUUCCCUGUGAUCAUAGAGGACAUCAAUGACAAUGCACCUCAUUUUGAAAAUGGUGAAAUACACCUGAGGGUGUCUGAGGAUGUCACAGUGGGUACCAGUUUCUUACUGGAUGACACAGCUCAGGACAGAGAUGCCGGAUAUAACAGUGAGCUGCAUUACCACCUGGAUGAUUCUGAUGGAGCUUUCAGUUUAAAAGUGGAAGGCGAUGGGUCUGUCAUCAUGCUGGUUGUGCAAACGGCUCUGGAUAGGGAGACUCUGGACCUUUAUCAGAUGGCGCUGGUGGCAUCUGACUGCGGCUCACACCCUUUAAGUGCUACAGCAACUUUAAUAGUCACUGUGACAGAUGUUAAUGACAACUGUCCAAGCUUUAGCCCUGACAGCCCCCGCAAUGUCACCAUCCCUGGGGACACCCCGAAGAACACACUGGUUGCUCAGGUCAGAGCAACAGAUCCAGAUUCAGGCCUGAAUGCUGCCAUCAUGUACUCCCUUAGUCCCAAAGUGUCUGAGCGGGCCAAGGAGCUCUUUAGCCUUGAAACCCUCACAGGGAACAUCAGACUAACACAGGACCUCCAAAGUGACAACUCGGAGGAGCUUCUGCUGAAAGUGUUAGCGAGCAGCCGCCACUGCCCCCCAGCAGACAGUCAGGUAACUGUAUCCGUGCUCCCUAAGGCGCACCAAGAGCUGACGAUCAAGAUCAGGUUCAUAGCCGAGCAUCAAAACCAAACUCUGGUGUUACAAGAGAACCAGCCCCCCACCGUCUUAGCUGUUUUAGAGCUGGAGGGUGACAGCAGCUUUAAAGGCUCAUCUCUUUCCAUUGAGAGCGAGGUGCCUUUCACUUUGAACCCGCAGAAUGGUAAAUAUCUACUUUCCACAUCAAAGCCCUUAGACUUUGAGAUGAAAAGUGAACAUCAUAUUUCUGUGGUAAUGCACAAGAGAUCAGCCAAAGGGUCUGUGAUCGCUGCCUCCAGGCGUGUGAUCAGGGUGAUGGUGGCAGAUGUCAAUGAUAAUACUCCGCAAUUCCUGCAGUCUCAGUAUCAGCUGGAGGUGGAGGAAAACAACCAGCCUGGGAUGUCACUGCUCCGGGUCUCGGCUUCAGAUGCAGACAGCGGACACAAUGGGAGGGUGACCUACAGGCUGGGCAAACACACACCCGCCAUCUUUAACAUUGACUCGGUGACAGGUCAACUGUCUGUGUCCGCCUCUCUGGAUAGAGAGCAGCAGGGUGAGCACAAACUCACAGUGUUUGCACGAGAUAGCGGCUCUCCUCCAUUGGAGUCAGCGGCUACAGUAUCCAUUCUUGUUCUGGACCAGAAUGACAAUGCACCUGUGUUUCUCACCCCUCAUUUUAUCUUUUUCAUCCCUGAGAAUGUCCCACCAUUCACCCAGGUGGGAGGUGUAGGGGUGACAGACCCAGAUGAAGGAAAGAAUGGGAACACAGAGUUGCAUGUUGUUAACAGCAGUGGACCCUUUGUUGUGGAUAACACCCAGGGGACACUACGCUCCACCACCAACUUGGACCGCGAGACACAGGACCGCUACGAACUCUACCUGCUGGCCAGUGAUCACGGCCACCCGGUCACUUUGACAUCCACUGCCAGGGUGACUAUCUUUGUAGAGGACAUCAAUGACAACCAGCCUUUAGUGAUUCUUCCCAGCAGCAACUUCUCAUGCCUGACUGUAUCUCCAGCAACCAUCGCAGGCACCAUGAUUACAAAGAUCUACGCCAUUGAUGAGGACUCAGGGCUAAAUUCAGAGAUUACGUACACUGUUGUGGCGCCGGAAACAGUUCAGAAUGACUGCCCAUUCCAGGUCGAUUCAAGGUCUGGGAAUAUCACUGUGGAGCAACAACUUCUACAAAAAGACCUGGGAAUGCAUCAUUUGUUCAUUGUGGUUAGAGAUGGGGGGAAACCAGCUCCACUUUACACCACUGUGUGGGUUAAUCUGCUGGUUAAUGACAGCACGGAGCCCUGCCAUUUGGACAGAGCGCCCACUUGGACUGGAACACCUCACUUGGGUCAAACCCCUUCAAAGGCCCCUAUCUGUGAGGCCAAGGACGCCACAUCAGGUCAGUUGACUCUAUUAGUAGGCCUGUGUAUGAUGCUUGCGUCCACAUGUUUGCUGGUGGUGUCGGUUGUUUUGUACCUGAAACAGAGGAGAGGAAGUCUACAACAGAGGAAGAGGGGGCACGGCGAAGAGAAUGAGAUUCCACUCAGGCUCAAAAACAAAUAUUACUCUGAAGACUAACAGAAUGAAGCGAGCAAAGUGUAUAAUCCUCACUCACACUGUUCCAAGGAUGGUAUCAGCCUCUGAAUUAAAGAUAGGAGUAUUUGUGGAAGGCUUCUUGCAUAUUAAUAAUCAUUACUGUUGAAUUAUUCUGAUACAGUGUACCCAACAUUUGUCAACAGUUAUUCUGCAAAAU